AUGGCAACGGAGCACGAAGGUACUGAUACGACAGCUACCAGUGGCAAGGCAACAACCGCCGCAAGGAAGAUUGAGUCCCCGGGCCUAUUGACACCAACCACGUCGAAAUCCAGGGUCAAACUCUCGGCGACUGUGAUUCGAGCAUUACUUGCCACGGCUGCGAAGACUGAGGUCAAGGCAGCUGAAACAGAUGAGGUUGCGUCGAGUGCCAAGACUGCGGACACCCAGCUCCCUGCCACCGCCUUGGUGCCUGGCUUCCUGCAGGAGCUGUAUGGGCACCAGAUUGAGGCCUGCAGCCUAAUGGGCGAGCUUGAGCACAGUUCCUCCCAUGGCGGUGUACUGGCAGACGAAGCUGGACUGGGCAGGAGGGUCUCAUUGGUGGCACAUAUUCUUAAGAGCAAGUCGGGCUGCGCUAUUGGCAGUAAUGGGUACAACACUCUCAUUGUUGUGAGGAACGAAGCUGGCAUUGAGCAGUGGGAGGCAGCCUGCAAGGAGAUGCUUGAGCCCGGUGCGCUACGCAUAUCUAGGAACCAUGGCAAGAGCCGGCUGAGUGCCAGCCAGAUGUGCAAACACGAUAUCGUUAUCACGACCUCCGGAAUCCUCCGGAAUUCCUCGGCGAGCAAUGCGCUCUUUGCAAACGAGUGGCACCGUGUAGUUGUGGACCACCACAUGCCUAUUAGGCAAAAUACACCGACAAACACGGCGUGCCAGAAAUUGACUGCCAAGAAUCGCUGGUUUGUGGAUGAGAACCCGACCAAGUACAACAUGGACUCUGUUUUGGAUAUCUGCAAGUUCUUGGAAAUUGCAGUGCCAGAAAUGCGCGGCGAAAGUGCGCCUCUGUCCCGUCUUGACAAGUUCAUGAUCAGACGUCUAUGGAAGGACACCAAAACUCUGACGCUGGAAGUUAAGGAGGAGAAGAUCAGCGUUGAACUGCCCGCGGAUAUACUCAAGGCAUACGACCUCCUCUCAGACCUCAUUUCGCCCGAGAGACUUCAUGUUGCGAGGGCAAAUGCUCAAAGGCGGUUUGUUGCACACCCGGUGAUCGCCAUGACGGCUAAUCUGAACGACAAGCUUGGCAAGCUGAUCGAGUUCGACCCGGAAACCUUUAGUAGCGACGUCUGCGAGCUUAAGAGGAUCGUUUCGGCCAUUGUCUCGACGCUGAUGGGUGAACGCAAGAGCGACAAAAACCUGAAGGCGCUUGUGUGUGUCGAUGCACGCAGCAUGGUCUAUAUCAUUGCUGACCACCUGAAGCGCUCCGGCUUCCAGACAUUCAUGUCUAGCUGCGACCUCACGGGCGAAGUAUGUCAGAGGAAUGUCCAGGAGUUCAAGAAUGCGACACGGCCUGCUCGCCUACGACUUGAGCUGCGCUUCGAUGAUCGUACUGGAAUCGCCUUGGUGGCAUCCAGCACGCAUUAA